AUGGCCAAAACAAAAGACUCUGAGGUGGAGGAGAGACCCAAAUGGGACAACAAGGCUGAGUACCUGCUAACGUGUAUCGGCUUUGCAGUGGGAGUUGGAAACGUCUGGCGUUUUCCUUAUCUGUGCCAAAUCUAUGGAGGAGGUGCAUUCCUCAUCCCCUACCUGAUAGCGCUGGUGUUUGAGGGCCUCCCUCUGCUCUACCUGGAGAUGGCUAUAGGACAGAGGCUCCGCAUGGGCAGCAUCGGCGUCUGGAAAUCCAUCUCACCCCUGCUGGGGGGAGUCGGAAUUGCCUCCAUGAUAGUGUCAUUUCUGGUGAGCAUUUUCUACAACACGCUCCUGGCCUGGGCGAUGUGGUACUUCUUUCACUCUUUCCAAAACCCCCUGCCCUGGAGCCAGUGCCUGGUCAAUGAUAACCUCACAGGCUAUAAUGAGGAGUGUGUGAAGAGCACUCCAGCAAACUACUUCUGGUACCGUGAGACCCUGAACAUCACACCUGACAUCGAGACCAGCGGCUCCCUGCAAUGGUGGCUGGUCAUCUGUCUGGCCAGCGCCUGGUGUGUGGUCUACAUCUGCUUUAUCAGAGGCAUCAAGUCAAUAGGGAAGGCUGUGUAUGUGACAACCACAUUCCCUUACCUGGUGCUGACUAUUUUCCUGAUCCGGGCUCUCACUCUGCCGGGAUCUACUGAUGGACUGGUGUACCUCUUCACUCCUGAUUGGGAGAUCCUGAAGAACCCUCAGGUGUGGCUGGAUGCUGCCACUCAGAUCUUCUUUUCCCUCUCUGUGGCCUUUGGAAGUUUCAUAGCUUUCUCGAGCUAUAAUGCAGAGAGGAACAACUGUGAAAGGGAUGCUGUUCUAGUAGGAACAAUAAACAGCGCCACAUCUCUCUACGCCUCCAUUUCCAUCUUCUCCAUCCUGGGAUUUAAAGCUAACUCCGCCUACAACUCCUGUAAUGAGGAAAACAUCUUGAUUCUGACCAACCACUUUGAGUUUUCUGACCAGAACAUAACAGUGGAGAACUAUGAUCACUGGUUUAAGUAUCUAAAUCGUUCAUAUCCAGGUGAGGUGGCCGGUUUGGACCUGAGGCACUGUGACUUGCAAACAUUUCUUGACCAGAGCGCAUCAGGUACCGGCCUGGCUUUUAUCGUGAUCAGCGAAGCAGUGAUAGAAAUGCCAGGCUCACAGAUAUGGGCCAUACUGUUCUUCACCAUGCUCUUCAGCUUGGGUCUGUCGUCCAUGUUUGGCAACUUAGAAGCAGUCCUCACACCCAUCAAGGACCUCAACCUAUUUCCCAAGUGGAUCCCUCAUGAACUCGUAACAGCAAUCAUCUGUUUGAUAUCCUUCUCGACGGCUCUCAUAUUCACCCUGGGUUCGGGGAAUUACUGGUUUGAGAUCUUUAACGGCUACGUGGGCUCCUUACCCCUCCUCAUCGUUGCACUCUUUGAGAUUAUUGGAGUCAUUUAUGUCUAUGGAAUGAAAAGGUUCAGUGAAGACAUCUAUUUCAUGACUGGGAAGAAACCCAACAUCUUCUGGAAGGCCUGCUGGAUGGUGAUCAGUCCGUUAAUGCUACUGGUGGUGUUGGUUGCAUACGUUGUCGUUCAGGCACAGAAACGACCCUCUUAUCUCGCUUGGAACCCGGACUAUGAACUAUUCCCAAAAACGGAAUCAAAGCAAUAUCCAGACUGGGUGUUUGCCAUAAUCGUCCUCCUCAGUCUACUACCUGUGAUUUCAAUCCCACUGGUGGCGCUCUACAAACUGAUCUCCUGCAGAAUGAAAAAGACCUCUGCUCGUGUUCAACAUAGUCCCUAA